GGAGCUGAAUACAAUCUUCAAUUCCAUUUCUUGAAACCGAUAUGUCUUCACUCCUAAAACAGCACAUGUAAAAUCAAACAAAAAUCCCAUGUUAAACAUGGCAAGCACCGGAAUUCUGGGAUUCAUUACGCCGCCGUUGAGCUCUGGCAGCAGGAAAUCAAAGACGCAAAGUAAAGACACCUCUUUCACCUGUUGCUCAACUUCUACCUCCUCAAACGAGCAAGAAACCGUGCCAGCAUUCACCUAUUACAGAGCCUCGCCGUCUGUGAGGUGGCCGCACUUGAAAUUCACCGAAUCCCAGCACGAUUCCCCGGUGAAAACGCCGAUUCCCGAGGUUACAGAUGAGAUUGUGGACGAGGAAGGGGGGUUUGCUGGUGCAGACGAGGUGUUCGACGAAAGGCCUAGCAGAAACAGAGUGAAGAAAAUGAACAAGCUGGCGUUGAAGAGGGCCAAGGAUUGGCGGAAGAGGGUUCAGUUCUUGACGGACAGGAUAUUGGAGCUGAAAUCGGAUGAGUUUGUGGCGGAUGUUUUGGAUGAGAAGAUGGUGCAGAUGACGCCGACUGAUUUCUGCUUCGUGGUGAAAGGGGUGGGGCGGUCGAGCUGGCAGAGGGCGUUGGAGGUUUACGAGUGGUUGAAUCUUCGCCAUUGGUAUGCGCCGAAUGCUAGGAUGCUGGCCACGAUUCUCUCCGUGCUUGGGAAAGCCAAUCAAGAAGGUUUAGCUGUGGAGAUGUACACUCGAGCUGAAUCGGCUAUGGGGAAUACGGUCCAAGUUUACAACGCGAUGAUGGGAGUUUACGCGAGAAAUGGCCGGUUUCUUAAGGUUAAGGAGCUGCUGGACUUGAUGCGUGAGCGAGGGUGUGAGCCGGACCUUGUUAGUUUCAACACGUUGAUCAAUGCGCGGCUGAGAUCAGGGCCGAUGGCUCCGAAUUUGGGGAUUGAGCUUCUUGGCGAAGUGAGGAGAUCGGGGAUAAGGCCAGACAUCAUCACGUACAACACUCUGAUCAGUGGAUGCUCGCGUGAAUCCAAUCUGGAGGAGGCUGUGAAGAUCUUCAACGACAUGGAGGAGCAUGGAUGUCAGCCGGAUUUGUGGACGUACAAUGCCAUGAUCUCGGUGUAUGGAAGAUGUGGGCUCUCUGGUGAGGCGGAGCGCCUCUUUAAAGAGCUCCAUUCGAAGGGCUUCUUGCCAGACGCAGUGACGUACAAUUCUCUGCUCUACGCAUUUGCAAGAGAAGGGAAUGUGGUGAAGGUGAAGGAGAUAUGUCAAGAAUUUAUGGAGAUGGGGUUUGUAAAAGAUGAGAUGACUUACAACACCAUAAUCAGUAUGUAUGGGAAGCAAGGAAGGCACGACCUCGCCUUGCAGACUUACAGAGAGUUGCAAUCCUCUGGUCGGCAUCCUGAUGCAGUGACGUAUACUGUCCUCAUCGACUCAUUAGGGAAAGCAAACAAGAUGGGGGAAGCUGCAGAUGUCAUGUCUGAGAUGCUGGAUACCGGUGUGAGGCCUACGCUACGAACUUACAGUGCUUUAAUAUGUGGCUAUGCCAAAGCUGGACAGCGAGCUCAGGCUGAGGAGACGUAUGAUUGCAUGAUCCGUUCUGGGAUUAAGCCAGAUAAGCUUGCAUAUGGAGUCAUGCUGGAUGUGCAUAUGAGGUCGAAGAACACAAAGAAGGCAGUAAUGUUGUACCAGGAUAUGGUUUCUGAUGGUUAUGUCCCCGAUCUUGGCAUGUACGAAGCACUGAUCCAUGUACUUGCAGGAGAGAGCAACGAAAGAUUUAUCCAGAAAGUAGUUGAGCAUCUCGAAGAACUUCAUGGCUUGAGCUCAGAGAGGAUUUCUGCAUUACUUGCAAAAGCAGGUUGCUAUGAUUUUGCUGCAGAAAAGUUAAGGCUUGCAGUUAUGAAGAACUCUACAGUUAAUCAGGAGAAUUUGCUAUCAAUUUUGGGUUCAUAUAGUUUAUCCGGGCGACAUUCUGAAGCUAUAGAGCUACUAAAUUUUGUGCAGGAAAAUGCUCCCGGAUCUGAGCAGUUGAUAGCUGAGGCUUUGGUUGUUAUACAUUGCAAUGCUAGUCAGUUAGACGCUGCUUUAGACGAAUAUCACAAAAAUAACAGUGUUUUUAUGUAUGAAGGGAGCUCUGCUAUGUAUGAAUACCUAAUUGUGUCGUGUGCAGAGAAUGAACGCUUGGUUGAAGUUUCUCAGAUAUAUUCGGAUAUGAGAUUCUAUGGGAUUGAGCCUUCAGCGAAAGUGUAUCAGACAAUGUCCCUUUCUUAUUGUAAGUUAGGUCUUCCUGAGACAGGUCAUCAUUUGUUCGAGCAGGCGGAGUUAAAGGGUAUUCCUCUUCAUGAUACAUCCGUUUGUACUGCUCUUGUCGAAGCUUAUGGAAAAGUGAAGCAACUGGAGAAGGCAGAGAGUGUCGUUGGAAAGCUGAGGCAGAAAUGCAAGAUUUUGGACCGUAAGAUCUGGAACUCGUUGCUUGAAGCCUAUGCUUUGAGUGGUUGUUAUGAGAAAGCAAGAGCUGCUUUUAACACAAUGAUGAGAGACGGGCCUUCCCCAACGGUUGAUACAAUGAACUUAUUACUGCAGGCACUGGUUGUUGAUGGGAGAUUAGAUGAGCUUUACGUUGUGAUUCAGGAUCUUCAAGAUAUGGGGUUCAAGAUUAGUAAGAGUUCGAUUAUUUUGAUGCUCGAGGCAUUCGCCCAAUCUGGAAACGUGUUUGAGGUGAAGAAGAUAUACAAUGGAAUGAUAGCUGCAGGCUAUCUUCCUACUAUGCAUCUGUACAAGGUUAUGAUCGGGCUGCUGUCAAGGGCGAGACAGGUAAUGGAUGUCGAGGCUAUAGUUUCUGAGAUGGAGGGAGCAGGAUUCACUCCUGAUAUUGUUAUAUACAAUAUGUUGCUUAAGAUGUAUACACAAAUAGAGGAUUAUAAGAAGACGGUUCAAAUAUACCAACGACUUCAAGAACGUGAACUGAAACCGGAUGAGGAAACUUACAGUACUCUAAUCCUAAUGUAUUGUAGAGACUGUAGGCCCGAAGAAGCUGCUUUAUUGAUGCAUGAAAUGAGACGGCUUGGUUUUAAACCGCAAUCAGACACCUACAAGAGCUUGGUAGCAGCAUUUUGUAAGAAGAUGAUGAUUGAGCAAGCUGAAGAGCUCUUUGAUGGCCUAAAAUCAGAGGGGAACAAGCUAGACCGGUCGUUUUAUCACUUGAUGAUGAAAAUGUACCGAACAUCUGGGAACCAUGCUAAAGCAGAGAAUUUGUUGGUGACCAUGAAAGAAUCAGGAAUUGAACCCACUGCUGCUACGAUGCACCUGCUUAUGACUUCAUACGGAAGCUCAGGGCGUCCAGAGGAAGCUGAAAAAGUGCUUAAUAGUUUAAAGGCUACUGGUUCAGAUUUUGGCACAUUAUCAUAUAGUUCAGUGAUAGAUGCUUACCUCAAGAAUGGUGAUCUUGAUGUUGGCAUCCGGAAACUUGAGGAGUUGAGAAACGAGGGCUUGAAUCCGGACCACAGGAUAUGGACUUGUUUCGUUCGGGCAGCUAGUCUGUGCCACAGCUUCGGUGAAGCCACUAUGCUACUAAAUGCCAUUGGAGAUGCUGGUUUUCAACUGCCAUUAAGGCUCUUGACGGAUAAUUCUAUGUCACUGCUGUCAGAGCUAGACUGCUAUCUCAAGAAUCUGGAACCUGUAGAGGACAAUGCAGCAUUUCACUUUGUCAAUGCAUUGGAAGAUAUGCUGUGGGCUUUUGAGCGCCGCGCAACUGCCACAUGGAUUUUCCAACUGGCAGUUAAGAGAAACAUAUAUCACAAAGAUGUUUUCAGGGUGGCUGACAAGGAUUGGGGGGCCGACUUCAGAAAGCUAUCUGCCGGUGCUGCUCUUGUUGCUCUAACAUUAUGGCUCGAUCACAUGCAGGAUGCAUCGUUGGAAGGCUUCCCGGAGUCUCCAAAGUCCGUCGUCCUGAUCAUAGGAAACUCAGUGUACAACAAAGUCUCGUUGAACAGCACUCUGAAGGCAUACCUCUGGGAGAUGGGGUCUCCUUUCUUACCAUGUAAAACAAGGAGUGGAAUCCUCAUUGCCAAAGCGCAUUCAUUAAGGUUGUGGUUGAAAGACUCUGCGUUUUGCUCGGAUCUGGAGCUGAAGGACACCCCUCUGCCCCCCGAGACUAACUCGAUGCAGCUCCUCGAGGGAUGCUACAUCAGACGGGGGCUCGUUCCUGCAUUCAGCGACAUCAGGGAGAGGAUGGGGGAGGUGAGACCGAGGAAGUUUGCUAGGCUUGCACUGCUCUCGGAUGAGAAACGGGACUCGGUUAUUCGUGCUGAUGUGGAAGGUAGAAGGGAGAAGUUGGCCAAGAUGGGAAAUGGUGUUGUGGUGAAGAUGAAGAUGAGCAGGUUUAAGGGGAAGUUUAUUAAAAGGGCUUCUCUCUCCGAAACAAAAGGUGAAGCAUAGACGUAAGAUAGAUGUUGUGAAAAUAGUAUUUUAUUUUUUUUGUUGUGUUUAUAGGCAAUACAACACAAUUAGCAAAAUAAACUCCAAAUUUGUAGUAUAUAUCAUUAAAUUAGUCGAUGAUUUUUUUUAUUAA